AUGUUCAGGCCGCCGUUGACCCUUCGAUCAAUUUUAUCAUGUGCCAAGCGUACUUUGUACAUAGAUGUACAACCCCAUUCUAAAUUGUUUAUCAAAAGUAUGUCACCACUGGAAGUCACUUGUUUGCCCGGAUGUGAAGCUGAUCGUUGUUCCGCAAUCGUCCCUGAUUCUGGCAACUUUCAUGUUAUUGAUGGCUCUCGAAUCCAGCAGGUAUCUGAUCCAAAGGUUCCUAUAAAUCAACCACAUGUCAUCCGAAUACCUGCUAAAAGGGAAUUAAGUAUCUCUCAAGCUGGUUCUCAUCCAAUCUCAUUUGUAAAUUACGAAGGUCUCAAAGCUGAUAUUGAGACUGAAGGUUCAGUAAAUUACAAAAAGCUAAAGGUGUCGGACUUAUCGAUUAAGACUCAUGGCGACGUUAUUGGCUCUGGUUACCUAGAGGGUAAUCUUAGACUCAAUACUGAAGGAGGUUCAUUUAAAGCUGACAACAUCACAAGUCAAAACAUCGAUAUCAUGUUCGGUGGAACAGACCUCUUUGUACAUUCCGCUUAUUGUGAAACACUGAAUCUUGGUUGGAUCGUUCCACCAGAGCCUACAGACGGCGUCACACCGGCUACUUUACCUCCUCUUAGCAUAUACUUUGGAACUCUACGAGGAAACGCAAAUAUUGAAAUUGCUGGAGAUGCGAAGUUGAAUAUCGGUAGCUAUGAGGGCUCUCUGUAUCUUCGUCAACGCUUUGGCAACGUUGCUGUUCAUAUUGGUGGCCCCUGUCCUCUUCUACAGAUUGAUGUAGCUGAAGGCAAUGUUGAAUUGAGCCUUCCGCUAUCCACAGUUGGGGAACAAUUGUCUGGCGCUGUUGAAAUUCAAGCUUCUAAGAUUAUUAUAGAUCGAGAAGCACUGCCGAAAGACUGUUUGGACAACUGGGAGCUUGGGGAAGCUGCUGAAGCCGAAACAUUCUUUGCCAACUUUAACAGUCCCUCCGAAGACAGCGAGGUCCUGUGGAGAGUCCGGACACUCAGAGGUCAAGUCAAAUUAACCGGUGCUUCCUGGGUUGAAGCAAUGUCUCGCUGUAUCGAUCGAGCCGCAGCAAACUUAAAGACCUAG